GGCUCCCCUUCCUCUGUGCCUUGGGUGCCUAUAAAUUGCUCCGGCGCGCGUUUGUCAGCCUCCUCUUCUCCUGGCAGGUGGUACCCAGGCAGAAUUCAGCGUUCAGUCUCUCUCUCGCUCCGCUCUCGCUCUCGGCCGAGAGGCGCUCGCCGCUGCUCGCUAGCUCCUCCACUCCAGCCCGGAGGCUCGCCUAGCCAACAGUGCCAGCCGCUGCCGCUGCUCCGCGCACCCGGGGGGCGCCUGGUCAGAGCUCCUGCGGCCAGCGCGGGACUUUGAGGUGCGCUUCUAUUAGAGUUGUGUUGGCUGCAGAGGAGGGGGGAAAAGGCAGGGGACGGGCGAAGAGACCGAGCGAAAGAAGAGAAGGAGGAGGCAGAAAAAGGCAACUUCAGACGGAAAGUUGGUGCGAACUGGCGCAGUCUGCAAAAACGGAAAAGUCGAUCGCAGGCAGCGGUGGCAUAAAAGUGUGAGCGACCAGGACCAGCGCGAGAGGCAGCGGCUGGCUCUGCCCUCCGGGUGGCCGCGCCGGCGCCCGCGCCAGCCACAGGUGCGAAGGGGCUCGCAGGAGGCGAGAGGGCGCCCUGCGCACCCCUCCCCCAGCCCCCACCCUUUGCUCGGGACUUCAGCUCAAGUCACUUGGCGUCCGAGCUCCCUCCCCAGCCGCAGCCUCAGCUGGGGGAGCAGGAGCCGGCGAGGAGCGGCCGGCGCCCGCCCGCCCAGGGGAGUUGGGGUUCGAAGGGGAUUGUUUUCGGCUCUAAGAAGGUCCCCGCCCAACCUUCAAAAUUUUGUCCAAAAGCAGACAAGAGGAUCGCCCCGCGCUGAGCCGGCUGGUGGGCAGCAGGAGGCGCCUGAUCGCCGCCGGGGCGCUGGGGGUGGUGAUGGUGCUGCUGCUGGUCAUCCUCAUCCCGGUGCUGGUGAGCUCGGCCGGCACGUCGGCGCACUACGAGAUGCUGGGCACCUGCCGCAUGGUCUGCGACCCCUACGGGGGCACCAAGGCGCCCAGCACCGCCGCCACGCCCGACCGUGGCCUCAUGCAGUCCCUGCCCACCUUCAUCCAGGGCCCCAAAGGCGAGGCCGGCAGACCGGGAAAAGCAGGCCCGCGUGGGCCCCCAGGAGAGCCCGGGCCACCGGGCCCUGUGGGGCCCCCGGGCGAGAAGGGCGAGCCGGGCCGCCAAGGCCUGCCGGGCCCGCCUGGGGCGCCCGGCCUGAACGCAGCCGGGGCCAUCAGCGCCGCCACCUACAGCACGGUGCCCAAGAUUGCCUUCUAUGCUGGCCUCAAACGGCAGCAUGAAGGCUAUGAGGUGCUCAAGUUCGACGACGUGGUCACCAACCUCGGAAACCACUACGAUCCCACUACCGGCAAAUUCACCUGCUCCAUCCCGGGCAUCUACUUCUUCACCUACCACGUCCUGAUGCGCGGAGGGGACGGCACUAGCAUGUGGGCUGAUCUCUGCAAAAACAACCAGGUGCGUGCUAGUGCCAUUGCCCAAGAUGCUGAUCAGAAUUACGACUAUGCCAGUAACAGUGUGGUUCUGCAUCUGGAGCCGGGAGAUGAAGUCUAUAUCAAAUUAGAUGGUGGGAAAGCCCAUGGAGGAAACAACAACAAAUACAGCACAUUUUCUGGAUUUAUUAUUUAUGCUGACUGAUAAUGCAGAAACUAAGCUUAUUAUUCUGAGUUUGAACACUGGAUUUGAAUGGCUACCGUCAGUGAAUCAAGGAUCCCAGGGGAUGCCAAUUGCAGGGCACCUCGGUUGUGUAAAUGUGGGGAAAUCAAAUGCUACCUGACUCACAUCUGUAUCACUCAGAAACAUUAUGUAAAAAAGUAUUUAAAGCAAGAUAAGCAGAUGUGUGAUCCACUACCGCCAAAGCAAAUACUCCUAUCGUUAGUGUCCAUGUGAAUGAAGUCCUAUUAUAGAUCACAAAUUUUUAUAGAAAAAUCUAAGACACUGAAUUAUUUCUUCAAUAUAUAUGAUACUUUGGUGUACUGUGAUCUUGCUGCUCUUAUCCAUAUGUCAGCUUUGGUUCUUGUGAGUUUUCCUGCUUAUUAUGAUACUGGAGUCCAUUCAUAGUGUAUGGAAGAAUCAUUUUACCCUGCAGGAGAAGGUCUAAUUGAAGUAAUGCUGCUUGUCCCCAAAGAAAUUGUUUGCCUUGUACUCUUGUUAACUUUAGAGCUAGACCUGGGAAAGAUUCAACUUCAAGCCUUAACCUGGAAUUUUCUGGAUUUGUGGGAAUUCCCAAGCCUAUGAUCAUUUUCACAUUUUCCUUUUAUUAUGAAUUUUCUUUUUUUUCCUUUUCUAGUGAUAGUCUUUAAAAAUAGAUAUUGAAAUUGUACCAUAGGAUUACCCUCUAAGUGUGAAAAUGUGUAAUUAUGUAUGGUAUUUAGAAAAUCCCCUGUGUGUCCAUUUUGUCAAUAGAAUACACUUAGAUUUACUUGGAAAGUCAGAGAAAUUUAUUCUUUGGUUUUAAAUCAGACUGAGGCUUUUGCCUUUUUUGGAACAAAAGAUUAUUCAUAACCCAAUGCACAAAGGUUUAAUUUGAGCUUCUGCAUGCUUCACCAAGGGGACACUAGGUAAGGCCUUCAAACAGUUACUACAAAUCUGUGGCCUGAGGUUAUUUCAAAAUUAACAAUUUCACAUCUAACUAAUAUGAUGACAAAGUGUAUAUAUUUUAUAUAAAUACCUGCCACACACAUUUAUAUACAUAUACAUAUAUGUUAGAUGAAAUAUUAUAUAUAUAUGGCUUCAGUCCAUGAGGCACAGUGGCUGUACAGCCUCAAAAUUUUAAUUUAAAAAAGUAUAUGUGUAUAUAUACACACAGAAACAUGCAUAAAUUAUUUGACUUAUUUUGAAUUGAAAUAUAUUUUAGAUGAUGAAAAUAUAUGGAGUUAUCAAAAUAAUUAAAACAACUUCUCUUUAAGAGUUAUACAGAAAAUGAAAUCUUAACUAGGUUAAAAUGCCCUAUCUUCACAUGUAUGUAAGUUAAGCCUAUGGUUGCUUUAUUACCAUAUGCCAAUCAAUACUUUAACUGCAUUAUCUGGCAGACUAUUAAUAUCAGGACUGCAGAAAUAAAGUGGCUCUCCUUCACAGAUGUUUAUGAAUAAUUUGCAUUUGAGUUAUCAGUUGUUUUCUUUUUUUCUUAGUUGAAUUGAGGCUGACGGUCAAGCAGAUUUUUAGAGUAGUGCAAACCCUUUCUCUCUAGUUAAAACACACCACCACCCAAAGCCAUCUCUUUAAGGAAAAGAUUAAAAUGCAUGUUGAUUUGUCUUAACUAUAUGAGAAAUCGCUUCCUUUUUCAUUGCCUUUGAAGACUUUGACAAGUAGAUUUCAAAAUCAGAGAUUUAAAAAUCUGCUUGUUUUACUGAUGAAGGACAUUUGCAUUUUUCAUUUAAAGGAUUUGGUUUGUUAUCCUGGCUCAUUCCUUUUUGGUACUUUCUGUUCCAAUACACGAAGAGCUUGAUCAUCUUUGAUCAGCUGAAAUAUCUUUAAUUUAACAAACUUCGACUUUCCAAGAGUUAUUCAUGGUGUUCCCUUCUGAAGGUGAUGCUUGCUUUGUUUAAAUGCCUUGGUCUGAGUAACCAUCGUGAUUUAUAUGAUUAAAAACACUUAGCCCUUUCA